CAUAUGAUUUUAUUUAUACACAGAAUUAUAGGUUAUCGUUACAGGCGAGGCGAAUAAGUAAUAAAUUAUUUCGCGUUACAUUAUGAAAAUUUCAGUUCUUUGUUAGUGAAUAAAAUACUUAAAAAAAUGAAAGAAACUCUACUUACAAAUUGUGAAAGAAAUUUUAUAAACAAAUGUAUAGCAGAAGAAACGCGAUUAGAUGGCCGAAAGUUAUUGGAGCCACGGCCAGUGCAAAUUUACUUUGGCUCUAAUUGGGGCUGCUGCAUGGUGUCUCUCGGUCAUACAAAAGCUGUUGCUCAAGUGUCGUGUGACAUACAACAGCCGAAAGCGUCUCGUCCUAAUGAAGGCAUGGUACGCAUAAACGUUGAACUUGCUCCGUUAGCAGCACAACACUUUGAAAGUGGCAGACAAUCUGAGGCAACUAUAUUACUCAGUAGACAGUUGGAGAAAUGCUUUAAAGAUUCAAAAUGCGUAGAUUUGGAAUCUUUGUGUAUCGUAGCAGAUAAAAAGGUAUGGAAUUUGAGAAUUGAUAUUAGUAUCAUAAAUCAUGAUGGAAAUCUGGUCGAUUGCGCCUCCAUAGCGACGCUUGCCGCUCUUAUGCAUUUCCAUAGACCAGAUGUCACCUCUACUGGCGAGGAGGUCAUUAUACAUCCAGCUACCGAGAAAGAUUUUCUUCCAUUGACAUUAUUUCAUUAUCCAGUCUGCAUAUCUUUCAUUACUUUUGAAAGUGGUAAGACUGUAAUGGAUCCUACGUAUGCGGAGGAGAGGAUCGGUGUCGCUGAACUCACUUUUGGCAUGAACUCUUAUAGAGAACUUUGUAGCUUACAUUUCGAUUACUUGACGAAAACUAUGAUAAUUGAGGAUGCCAUAUCCGCUGUUUCCAGUCACGCGGCAAAUUACGCGGCGAAAUUGGUGCAGCAAAUCAAGGAUGUAGUGAUUAAGGAUGUACAAUCAAGGUAUAAAAAAGAUAACAGCGAUGUAUGCAGAUUUAAAGAGAGCAUUCAGAAAAGUAAAAUUACAACAAUGAUUGGUGAUCACGUUAACAUCAAAUUACGUAAAUGGGACGCAAUAGUUGUAGCCGAAGAUGAUCAAAUGGAAAUAGAAAAUAAAGAUAAAAGUCAAAUUAUAAAAUAUGAAGAAGGUACUGCUGAGUUGAUAUCUGAUUACGAUGAUUUAUGUAAAAAGGAAGAAGGUUCUAGCAGUAUGUACGAGUCUGAUUCUGACGAUUUACAAAUAGCCGAGGCGUCGACUUCAGAGAGAAAAAAUAUAAUCAUAGAUUUAGUGAAUGAAGAUAGCGAUUAAGUAAGCCUGGGUCAUGAUGGAUACGAAAAAUAUAGGAAUAUGGAUAACAGAAUUAAAACAAUUUAUUUCUCA